AGGAGGAGGAGGAGGAGGAGGAGGAGGAGGAGGAGGAGGAGGAGGAGGAGGAGGAGGAGGAGGAGGAGGAGGAGGAGGAGGAGGAGGAGGAGGAGGAGGAGGAGGAGGAGGAGGAGGUGGUCGGGAGGAGUGGAGGAGAGGAGAGGAGAGGAUGGGGAGAGGAGGAGACGAGGAAGAAAGGACGGAGGAAGAAAGUACCAAGGGGAAGGGGGUGGGACAGUGGGAUAGAGCUGAUGGCAGGCAGUCAAAGGAAUCUUAUCCGUCCCACCAGCCCACCCGCCCACAUACGUACCACCCCCCCCAUUCCCUCAACCCUUCACCAGCCCACUCACCCCCUUUCCGACCCAGCCUAUGCCUCCUCCUAA